AUGUCCCGGGGAAAUAUAGCUGACGAAGCGCCUCUUGCCUCGGAACUACAGAUCACGCACGUUGUAUAUCUUAUGCUGGAGAACCAUUCCUUUGACAAUAUUGCUGGCUACUGGGAUUUCAACCCGGCCAUUAACAACCUCCGGAACGUGACCUACUGUAACGACUACACGAACCCCAACUGGACUGUCUGGGGCGAGCCGCUGUCGAUAUGUGCUGGCCCAUUCGAAGACGAGGUUCCCCUGGUCGAUCCCGACCACAACUUCGCAGGAACCAGCUAUGAGAUUUACCGCAAAUGGAACCCGACCGCGAGCGAUGUGCCUACCAUGGACGGCUUCAUCGAGCGCCAAUCGGAGAAGUACAACGCCACCCCCGGCGACGCGUCGUUCGUCAUCAAGGCCUACGACAAGGAAAAGACCAAUAUCCUCGCCACGCUCGCUCAGAACUAUGGCUUCUGGGACAGCUACCACGCCGAACACCCCGGCCCUACCAACCCCAACCGGCAAUUUGCCACCUCGGGAUCCACCUGUGGCUUCGUCGACAACACUCUGCAGGCUUACGGAUGGCAGCUGAACUCGACCGGCGUGAACUGCACCAAGUCGAUCUUCGAGGUGCUGUCCGACAAGAACAUCACGUGGAAGAACUACUACGAGACCGAUAUCAUCGACUCCUGGUUCUACCAGUGGGUUCAGGACAAUGCGAUGGAUCGCAUUGUCCACUCCAACGAGUUCUACUCGGACCUGGCCAAUGGCACUCUGCCGCAGUUCUCAUACUACAACCCCGAAUGCUGCACGAUCGAUUCGUUCCACCCGACGAGCAACAUGGCUGCGGGUGAACUGAUGCUCAAGCAUUUCUACGAUUCCAUCCGGGCAUCGCAAUACUGGGACAAUAUCCUCGUGAUCAUCAACUUCGACGAGCACGGCGGGUUUGCCGACCACGUACCACCCCCGACCGGCAUUCCCGCGCCCGAGGAUGGCAUCACCUACUCCGGUCUCUCCGACGGCCACAACGUGACCUACGACUUUACCCGCUUGGGCAUCCGUGUGCCGGCCCUCGUCAUCUCGCCCUGGAUCCCGCCCAACACCCUCAUCGGCCCGGGCACCAGCUACGCCGACAACUCGGCCUACACGCACAGCUCGUUCCUGCACUUCCUGCAGAACCUGUGGGAUCUCGAGGGUUUCAACAACCGCGUCCAAUGGGCCAUGACCUUUGAGCACAUCUUCUCGGACACGCCCCAGGCGAAUCCUCUCCCUAGUCUGCCUAACCCCAUUUGGUACGGAGGUUCCAACAAGCCCGAGCCAGAGGGCUUCUACCUGCUCAACCAAGACGCGAGUUACUACUUGAACUUGCCGGCAGAUUCUGGGGCAGCGUAA